UGGCCCCUGUGGCCGGAUCGCCUUCCCAGCAGCGACGCGGCCAUGGCGCGGACUCUCGGGAUCUCGCUGGGCGGCUGCCUGCUGCUGACAGCAUUAGGAAUGGUCCCCCCUCCAGAAAACGUCAGAAUGCAUUCAGUUAAUCUCAAGAACGUUCUUCAGUGGGAGCCUCCUGCUUUUCCCGAGGGGAAUCUGACUUACACAGCUCAGUUCCAAAGUUAUAACAGCUUCCAAGAUAAAUGCAAGUAUACUACCUUGACGGAAUGUGAUUUCUCAAGUCUUUCCAAAUAUGGUGACCACACCUUGCGAGUCAGGACUGAAUUUGCAGAUGAGCAUUCAGACUGGGUAAACAUCACCUUUUGUCCUGUGGACGACACCAUUAUCGGACCUCCUGGAAUACAAGUAGAAGCGCUUGCUGAUUCUCUACAUAUGCGUUUCUUAGCCCCCAAAGUUGUGGAUGAACCUGAAACAUGGACCAUGAAGAAUUUUUAUACCUUGUGGGUUUAUAAUGUGCAGUACUGGAAAAAUGGCACCGAUGAAAAGUUUCAAAUUACCGCUCCGUAUGAUUUUGAGGUCCUCCGAAAUCUGGAGCUGUGGGCAACUUACUGUGUUCAAGUUCAAGGAUUUCUUCCUGAUCUGAACAAAACUGGGGAAUGGAGUCAGCCAGUCUGUGAGCAAACAACCGAUGACGAAACGACACCCUCCUGGAUUAUUGCCAUCAUCCUCAUCGCUUCGGUUUUCAUGGUCUUCCUCCUGCUCCUCGGUUGCUUGGCCUUGGUGUGGUACAUUUACAAGAAGACAAAGUACACCUUCGCCCCUGGGAAUUCUCUUCCACAGCACCUGAAAGAGUUUCUGAGCCGCCCGCAUCACAGUGCCCUGCUGUUUUUCUCCCUGCCGCCCUCUGGUGAGGAUGAAGUCUUUGACAAGCUGAGUGUCAUCACGGCAGACUUGGAAAGCAGCAAGCAGAGCCCUGGCGACAUCUGCAGCCUCGGUGCCUCGUCUCAGCAAGAAUCCCUACAGCCAGUGUCUGAGGAGGGGACACAGGCCCGGGGCACAGCGACCCCCCCACCUCUCCCGUCUGCCUCUGAGGGGCACCAGAGCGCCCAACAAGGGCCGAGAACCCCUGAGCAAACCCCAACUCUAGAACUCUUGGACACUGGACUUGUCUGAACAGCCAAAGAGCUAUAUUUUAAAGGCUUAUCUGGCCAAAAUACUCCAUCUUGGGACUUGUUGCUUUAUAAAGGAUUCGUUGAUUAAAAAAAAAAAAAGUUGG